CUAAUCCAGUAGCUGUGACGUUUAUUUUAUAGGCGCGCUGGGAGAUGUAGUCCGCAUUCCCUUCCUACUUCCGGGUGUGUGUGCUCGGCUGCGGAUUCAGCAGAUGUCACGUUGCUUGCAUUUCUAAAGUUAUCAACUGAACAACACCGAAAUGGCAGAGAAGGUUGCAAGUGAGACCCCUGAGGUCGGCACACGAACAGGAGAGGUCUCUGAGUGUGAUGAAGAUUCGGCAGCUUUCUCCUCAGAGGAGCCGUUGGAGCCUAUAAAGAAAGAGGAGGACGAAGAGUUUAGCGAGGAAGACGGCCUGACAGAGGAGGAUCAGACGCCUGAGCUCAGCGAAAUUUUCACCGUGAUAAUUAAGGAGGAACCAGAAGAUGAUGAUGAUACCGAGUAUGGGGACAGUCACCCAGACCUUUCUACAGAGGGCACAAUGGCCGGACAUCAGUCUCAAAGAGUUAAAAACAACAUUGAAUUAAUUGUGCCUAAGCCAUCAACACCGUGUGUGAAAGGAAAUCUCGCUCCUGCUCCUGUAACUUACGCAGUAAAUUCGGGAUUUGGCAGCAAUAAUAAUGUACAGUUCACAACGGGCAUCAUUAAAAUGGAUGACUCCCUCAGCACUGCGAAGCAGGGCAGCCACAUAGCGAUCUGUGUAGAUCAUAAUACGGCACCGUUAAGAGGGAUGCUGUGCACGUGUAAUAAAAUUAGGAAACAGAUUGUGGUAAAUAAGCCACAUUCUUGCCAUAUUUGUGGAAAAUGCUACUACAGGAAGUCCCAUCUGACCGUGCACAUAAGAAGCCAUACCGGAGAGAGGCCUUACGUGUGCCAGGAAUGUGGCAAAGGCUUUUAUCAGUCAUCAGCUUUAAUUAAACACCAAAUGAGUCACACAGGAGAAAAACCAUAUAUUUGCUCUGAAUGCGGCAAAGGUUUUGCCACCAAUUGGCACAUGGUUAAACAUUAUAAAUCUCACACAAGAGAAAAGCCGUAUGUUUGCAAUGAAUGUGGGAAAAGCUUCACUCAAAGGACCAAUCUAAACUUGCACCAGAAAACUCAUAUUAAAGAGUAGGCAUGAGAUUUUCUUGGACUUGCUGCAACUGUCUGUGGACAUUAUGCAGAAGAGAUUAGGAGAGAGCUUCUAUUAAGACAUAUCUGGUUCUACAUCAGAAAACAAACUUAGAGGUCCUGAUUGAUUUCUCUGUAUACGAGAUGCUUACUACACUCCAGAAAGUUUGUCUUAUAGUAUACAACCACACGUUUUUGCCUCAACUUACAAAGGUUUCUUAUAAAACAAUAAAAAUGUGUAUACAUCAUAAAAUGCUCACAUUACAGAAGCCAUUCCUUUUUUUUCCCCUAAAAUGUAGGGCUCUCACUAGUGAGCUCAAAUGGAGAAGAACUCACACAUCUUGCUUGUGUGUGUGGCAAUUACAUCAAAGUCUGGUUUCAGAUAAUAAAAACUCUUAUAGAAGGGUCCAUGUUUUCCUGUAAUGUAUAUUCAGACGUGGUCUUCGCCAAACAGGGGCAUGGUCUACAUGUAUUUAUAUAGUAAAUAAUGUUAUAUUAGACAUGUGCAUUCAGAGUUUUCUGGAGGAAUCAAAUGCAGAAGAUGCUGGCCCUAGUAGCAUUAAGUUAUUUUCUGCGCAAAUCCAGAUCUCAGUGCGUUGCACUUUCACAAGAAGACCGCCGGCUCCGAAAAUGCUGGUGGCUGUCAUCCGGUAUUUGUUUCCUCUCAGAAAGUUCCAAUACAAAUGUCUAGUUCAUAUCCUUUCAUCUGAUUGCGCUUUAGCUAAUGUGUGUAGGUACACGCUUGCUGUUUCUAUAGUUAUGAAGCUUUAAUGAACUGAUAAAUAUCUGUAUUUUAUGUGAAAUUGAGAAUAUUUUUAUCUUUUUUUAUUAUUUUUAGCACAUACUAGGUAGGGGAUUAUCAUAACUUGGAUUUAAAAGAUUAUGGAUAUGUUUUGUUUUCUACACUUUAGAAAACUUAGAUUUAUGUCCAUGAAAUGAGUACAGAAAACUUGCGGAAUGCAGAUAAAUUGGUUUAAUGGCAAGUUUUGGACACCAUUAUUGUACAUAUUGUGUAUUAAACAAGCUUUCAGCAGGGAAAAAUAUUAGAUAAUUUAUAAACGGAAAAUGUGUAAUGAUUUCCAGUGAUAUACGCUAAAGACCCUAGCUAUCCGGGCACCAUUUUGCUACACAAGAACAUGGAGGAAGUAAUUGUUAUUGGUUUGUUGUAGCUGAAAGACAAUUUUAAAAAAAUCAUGUAAAUAAAAAUAUGAAUAACUAUAAGUUUUGUUAAAUUGCUACUACACAUUGGUUACUCCUCUGGACUUGUUGAUGUGCUGCCAGUACUCUGGUAUCGUGAAGAUGUUUGAUUCUAGAAUUAGUGGCAGUCGCUGUACGAUAUAUAAAGACCUCACGUGAUUCCUGCUCAACCUAUUACAGGACCCCCCUGAGCUUACCUUAAGCCAGUUUUCUGUGUAACCAGAGGCAUUUCUAGAUUAAAAAAAAUCUGGGACUGUGACCCAAGACAAAACUCAAAGACUUGGUUAUUUCCUAGUCAUUGUCCCUUCUAUGUAUACAUAUAAUGUAAUGCCAUAUCUAGGCAGCAUACAAGAUGUUAUCCCAUGUACAGACAAUAGUUACACCAACUCAAGCAGUAAUAACCAGCCAUAAGCAAUGGUCCAAAGGGGAUACUCCUUAUCCAUGGACAUAAAAUUAUUAUAAAACUAGACCAAUAUAGUUUAUACACUAGUAAAGUCUCCAAAAACAUUUAACGCUCUUCUAGAGAAGAUUAAAACAGACACCGUACUUAAUGUUUUACUUCCCAUGUGAAAGCCAAUAAGCAUAAGUGAGAAGUACCUGUCAGCCAAUGAGUUCCAGUGGAAAGUAGUGCCUAUUGGUCAGCAAGCAUUAGCAGAAGUCAACAAGCAUUGGCCAAUGGGCAUUUACAUGAGGUACCUAUCAGCCAAUGUACUCUAGUAGGAGGCACCUGUCAGCUAAUGAAUAUUAGAAGGCGGUACCUGCCUAUCAGCCAAUAAGCAUUUGCAGGUGAUACCUACCAGCCAAUAAGCAUUUGCAGGUGAUACCUACCAGCCAAUAAGCAUUUGCAGGUGAUACCUAUCGGCCAAUAAGCAUUUGCAGGUGAUACCUACCAGCCAAUAAGCAUUAGCAGGUGAUACCUAUCAGCCAAUAAGCAUUUGCAGGCGAUACCUAUCAGCCAAUAAGCAUUAGUAGAAAGUAACUGCCGACCAUGAGCAUUAGUAGGCGGUACACAACUGAUAUUUAACUUUUUUACAUCUUUUUUUUUACUAUUGCAUCCCUUUAAUUCUUUGAAGAGCAUAUAGCAAAGCUCCCAAUAUAUACAAGUAAUAUAGGGGCACUUACAAUUUAAAUAAUUUUAUUCUUUAUAUUUGAUAUAACAUAUUGUGAUCUAGUGUAGUAUCAAGGUGAUUUUGUAUGUGUUUCAUGCAAAUAUGAACUAAAAAAUAUCCUUUACCUGUACAUAAAAAUGUAUUGUUUGGUGUAAUGUGUAAUAACUGUAUUUGAAAGAUAUUUUCAUCUGCUAAUAAAGAUUAGAAAACGG